AUCAGUGGAACUAAUCUCAGAUCAACCAUCUCCAUUUACCGACUUAAAGAGUUUAAAGAUUUAUCCAGCUGAUCUUACCAAGCCAGAAGUAACCAUGUCUACUGAAGUCAAAAACUUUUUGCUAGAUAGUUCUCAUGGUGCUACCUUUACACUGGUUUCAUAUGAGGAGGUUAGAGCUGUUAGGAAUGUUGCAUCAGCAGAAAACCUUAUGAGAAAGUUGCAGUUGCUACUAGAUAAGUGGACAGAAAAUAGUGAAAUAAAUACGACUGACAUGGAGCAGGACAAGGCACCAAUGGAAAGCCAAACGGCAACAAUGCAUGAGCAAGUGGAAGUUGAGAACGAAAGGGCAUUUCCGGACACGAAAAUCAAAUGGCAUGUUGGGGAAAGAAUGACACAUAUCGAGAGCUAUUGGGAAGGUCUGAAUGAGCAGUAUGAGAAAGGGUAUGAAAAUACUGGUCACACAAUUUCAAUGUUGCGGGAGAUUAAAGUAAUACUGACAAAGUUGCCUGCAUCACAUCGAGAUAAGUUGGAAGGAAGGUUUUCUGGUUUGUGUGUAGAGGCUGAGGCAAUCAUGGAUAAUGUGAUGGAUCGUAUGAAGAUCAAAUGCGGUAAGACGCCACACUGUUCAAAUGUCUCCUUUUAUGAACUUGUCACAUCACCACAACGAUCUUCUUGACAAGUAAGCUGGGAU